AUGCAGACCUUUGAUCGGUUUUUAUCUUUUUCUUGUUUCAGUCAGGCUCAUCGACAGUUCAUUCUUCUUUGUACUGGAAUUUUAUCCAGCUUUCUUCUAAGCAGUUUAUUACUAAAAUAUUUAACGGAAUUUUGCCCUCUACCCAGAAAUGUGAUACAGUACUACACACCCACGCAGAAGUCGUGCCGUGGUGACCGUCAUGUUGUCUUCAUGAAGGUGCCGAAAUCUGGAAGUACCACUUUACAGAAUAUUUUCUUCCGGUUUGGACUAUCGAGAGACGUAAAGUUUAUGCUGCCAAAACGCGACAACUGGCUUAGUAAAAGUAGGAUUAUCGACAGAGAUGAUAUAUUCCCAAAUCAUGCAGGUCAACCGUUUGAUAUUCUCUGCAAUCACAUUCGAUACAACAGAAGCGACAUGCUCAGGUUUACACACAAUGACACAUCCCGUAUCGCCAUCAUCAGGGAACCCGGUUCUCAUCUUAGGAGUUACCUCUACUAUUAUCACUUAGCCUACCUCAACUUGCAACAGUCUCCAGAAACCGAUAUAGUGCGAAAGUUCUUGAAACAUCCAGAAAAGCACGCAACCAAAAUAUUGUCAAAUCCGGUUUCCGAAUGGUUGUCCAUACUGCCAACUGCCAACGAUACAGCCGAUUCGAUGAAAGGAUUUAAGGACAGACUAUUUCAGUUGGAUAAAGAUUUCAAAUUAAUACUGAUUAUGGAAAGAAUGGACGAGUCGCUGGUUUUAAUGAAGCGACUGUUAUGCUGGAAUCUUGAGGACAUUAUCUACAUUCCACGUAACGUCAACCACCUCUAUCCAAGAGGGCAUCUCAACGCAGCCGACAAAAUACGCCAUGAGCGUAUAUCACGAUUUGAUUACGUCCUCUACGCUCACUUUUCAGCAAAGCUCGACUCAAUCAUUGACCACAGCGGCGAAGACUUUCAAGACGAGGUACGUUUCUUCAAGAAAAUUCUUCAGUCCGUUAAAGAGUUUUGUGCAAACUGGAGAAGAAAGGUAGGGACCAGCCUCCGUAUAGAUCCGUCACCCUGGAGCCAGGGCUUUACGGUCUCUUCCAUGAGUUGUCUGCUCUUGACGUACUCUGAGCUAGAGAUCCAGAAUUAUGUUGGUCUGUGGCAAUACGGGGACAUCUGGGAAACAAUCCACACGCAUUCAUAA